AAAUUACAUAGGCAAGAAAUAGAUGACCUACAAAAACAGCUUUCCGGACAAAAAGAUGAGAUCUCAUAUUUAAGGAAGAAAGGCAUUCAACAAGAUCGACUGAUUUCUCAACUGACGAGACGUAUGAAGUUUCAAGAAAAUAAUUGGGACACGAGUUCUCAAACACAAAAAGACGAAAAACAUGCAAAUGCAAAGAAUGUGAUUCUGGCAUCAUCGGGUAAUUCAGGAGAUAGAAUCCGCAGAGCAGAAAAUGAGGUGACUGUUGCAUUUACGGCUGGUCUUACAAAACGUGCACUUCAUGUAGGUGCCCAUCAAAACAUAGUGUUCGACCACGUGGAAACAAAUGUUGGAAACGGUUACAAUCCUCAUCAUGGCGUGUUCACUGCACCGGUGCCUGGUCUCUAUGUGUUCUAUACAUCUGUCCUAGCUGACAACGAUCGUGAAGUUUGGUGCGAGUUGAUCGUAAAUGGAGCGAUCAAGGCAUCAGUGUAUGCACGUGGUACAGAUGGCCGACAUGACCAAGGAAGUCAGGCCUUAGUUAUUCAGCUUAAGCAAGGUGAUGAUAUCGCUGUGCAAAAUGUUGCUGCUGACGAUGCCAUUUAUGGCGAUCCCACCAUUUAUUCCACUUUUACCGGAUUUCUGCUCCAGCAAGAUUUUUCAGAAGCAGGUAAUGUUGUUGGUUAAAUGAAUUAAAAUGCCGCCUUUCCAUAUUCAUAUUGUUUUUCCUAUAUGUGUAAAGAAAUGUGGAAUAAAAAACAUCAAGAAAUUAAAACAAAUAGCUUGUAUAUGUGUAGAUAGUAAUCAAAAUGAAUGAACUGAGGGUUUUUUAAUGUAGUUGUAUAUGACAAAUGAAAAUGAUUUUGCAAUUCUGUAUAGUGGUCACCAUUUGGAAUCGAUAUAACGA